AUGAACGCUGUGAUCUCGGCGAGCGACAUCAAGACGCUGUACAGUGCGUUACACUGUCUGAGUCGAUUCUCAGAGACGUUCUGGUUGCAAUGCAGCUCGCGCAACGGCGAGGCGCACAUGCGACUGUCAGCGAUCAAUCCGACAAAUUCGGCAUUCUGCAUGUUCGCUUUCGAUGCGGAUUUCUUCCUCAACAUCUCCACCGAGUCAAAGGAAAAGAUCGAAUGUCAAAUUCAACUCAAGAACAUACUCGCCAUCUUGAAGACUCGAGGACGAAAUGUCGAACGUGUUUCGCUCAUCGUUAGCACCGCUCCAGCAUGCCGAUUUAGCAUGAUCCUACACUGUCAGCAUUGCAUCUUGAAAACGCACCAUUUCAGUUACUCGCCCAAACGAGGACUUGUGCCGAGUGCCGAUCCGAAUCCGCGCAACUUUUUCUCGCUGAAUGCUUCUACUGCCACGGAAUGGCUCGAGCACUUUCUCUCGUCGUCGCGCUCAGGCGAGUUGUGCCUAGUGUGUACACCUGACACAUGUACCGCUCGGUCCAAGCAAGAAGACCUACCGGACCUCAAAGGCGGUCUGCGCAAAUCGAUCGCUACGCAAGUCAACAUCGGGAUGGACGAGUUCAAAGAGUACUGCGUCUUGGAGCAUGUCUCGAUGACGUUUAGUUUGCGCGAAUUCAAGGCGACCGUCUCGCUCGCUGAAGCAUGGCGUGUGCCGUUCGAGGUCAACUUCAGUUCGGCCAACGAGCCCAUCUUUGUUAGGAUGCGACUCGAAUCUGGCGUCGCUGCAGAAUUCGUGAUUGCUACAACUAACGCCGAGAAAGCCACUCAAGCCUGCGCUCCGGAUCCUCGCAAGCUAGCCGCGUCCAUGGCUCGUUCCACUCCGCGCUCUCCAUCCCCACCCGCGCUACCUUACCACUCCACCCCGCUCAUCCCAAUCGACCAUCCUGACCCACUCUUCUUUCCUUCCGCUUCCCAGCUCUCGCCUCAUCCCACUCAACAGUCCUUGGUCCAACCAACUCCUGUAGCGCAAGGUGGCGACCCUACCGAGUUCCUCGACCCGCUCCGCUCUCGCUCGCAUUCCCCCGUCCUCCCCACCCAGAUCCAUCCGCCUCCUGUCGCGCGAAAACGCUUCAAACCACUCUUCUAA